CCUUGCAUUCGAUCAGCUGUUUGCGUGGCUUUUUUGUAUUUGCACGCUUUUUAGCCGACUUUUAUAAUUUUUGUGUGUGGAAAUGACCAAUUCCGAGUUCCAGGCUGUAGUUCUUGCCGCGGGGCGUGGCACCCGCCUACCCGAAGUGCUGGGAGAUGCCCCCAAAUGCCUGCUGCCCGUGGGCCCGUAUCCUCUGAUUUGGUAUCCACUAAAUCUGCUGCAACAACACAACUUUUCAGAGGUCAUUGUGGUCGUUCUGGAGCAGGAGAAGCUGGAGAUACAAUCGGCACUGGAGAAUACACCCCUUAAGCUGAAAUUGGACUAUGCUACGAUUCCCGGGGACAGUGACUUCGGAACUGCGGACAGUCUGCGCUACAUAUACGACAAGAUUAAGUCGGACUUUCUGGUUGUGAGCUGCGACCUGGUCAGCAAUGUCAACCUGUAUCCGCUGAUCAACAAAUUCCGGGAACAUGACGCCUCCCUGGCGCUGCUCCUCUUCCCCAGCGGCUUCGAGUCGGAUGUGGUGAUGCCGGGUCCCAAGAGCAAGCACAAGCCGGAACGAGAUGUCAUAGGCAUCCAUGCGGCCAGCCAGCGAUUGGCCUUUGUGUCCGCCGCCAGUGACUGCGAGGAAACUCUCAAUAUCCAGCGGCAUCUGCUCAAGAACCGGGGCAGAUUGGAUGUGUACAGUCGCCUGGUGGAUGCCCAUGUCUAUGUGCUGAAGAAGUGGGUCAUCGAUUACCUACGAAGGAAGGAGAACAUAUCCACAUUCAAGGGAGAGUUCCUGCCGCACUUAAUCAAGAAGCAGCACUCCAAACGACCGCCCAAAGCUGUGCAGGACACAACCUCCGAAGUGGGCUUGGUCACCAAGAAUGAGGAUAAUGUUUUGCAUUACGUGCCGCACUCCAUUCUAGACCAGAAGAUCACACAGACCUCGUUGUUUAAUCAAUCUCUGUCCCAAGUUCCCUAUCAUGGCGACGUGGUGCGCUGCUAUGGCAUCCAGGCGCCCAAAGAAGCGAUUGGCGUGCGAGUGAACAACACUCUCAGCUUCUUGGCCAUCAAUCGCAAGUUGGCCAGCAUCUGGAAUGAACUGUGUGGCGAAAAGCAUCCACUAAUCUCGCCGGGAGCCCUGGUGAAAUCCACUCAAACCAAGGAGAUCAUAGCUGCCGACAAUGCCAAGCUGUCCGAGAAGACCUCACUGAACUUCAGCGUCUUCGGACCCAACUGCAUCAUCAAUCCCAAGAACAUUGUGGCCAACUCUAUCAUCAUGUCCAAUGCCAUCGUGGAGGAGGGCUGCAACAUCGACAACUGCAUCAUUGGCCAUCGGGCGGUGGUCAAGAGCGGAUCCGUGCUGAAAAACUGCAUCAUUGGACCCAACUACGUGGUGGAGGAGGACACCCACAGCCAGGCGGUGCAUCUGUCCAACGCGGAUCAGUACAUGGAGAUAGACAUACAGUGAGCGGCUAACUUAAUGUGGCUUCCUUUAUUAACGAAUUGAGUUAGAAGGCGGAUUCUUCUAGCAGGACAUUAAAUAUUACAAAUAGGUACACGAAA